AUGAUGAGGCGAUAUGGCCUCCCGCAGCUGCCGAUUGGAGCCCACAAGGCGUCUGCGGCCAAAGCCAGGGGUUCAGCGAGAGGGGGCGGUGAGCAAGUAGCAGGGCCGCGUCAGCUAGUGUGUCGGGAGGACAUGGUUCACUACUUGGACGUGAGGCGCGGGUGGGAUCUGAAGGAGUGCGACUGCUGCUUCGACCGCGCCCUCAGCCUGGGCGACGAGCGCGCUGUGACCAUGCAGAGCCUCACGUUCCUCCAAUCCCGCCUGCACAAGCAGCUGCCCGACGCCACCCCCUUGGCGCCGCGGCGCCGCGGAAUGAGCGAGGGUCUGGUGGAGUACUCGGCGCGUGUGCAGGCGUUCGGGGAGCAGGGCGAGGGCGCAUCGCCUGGGACUCACUUCUCCUGCAAGUGCGCUCUUGCUCCCUUUGUGUGUGUGGAGGCCAUGCUGCUCGACUGGAUGGCUGAGCCCCGUGUGGCGUUCCUCGUGCUGGUGGUGAGGUGGCCGCGCAUUGACACCGUGUGGAAGGCCCACGUGGACAUCUACGACGCCGUCUACCCGGCUCUAGCAAGCCAGCUGGGGACGGGCCGGCAGCAGGAGAAUGACCGCGCUGCUUCCGUGCUGGUGCAGGUGCUGGGGGUGAAGGAGCGUGGUGACCUGCAGGAAGGGUUUGGGUUCUUCGUGCAGCACGUGCUGUCAGGCGGGCUCGACAAGGCGCAUGCAGAGAGAGGGACGGGCCGAGCUGAGGAGCAGGCUGCUGAGAAAGCGCGGGGGGAGGGAAAGGGAGGAAGCGAGAAGAAGGGUUUGGGAAGUGUGAGGCAGAUGGGGCAUAUGGGUUUGAUUGGGCAGAUGGGUCAGAUGUUGCAGACGGGGCAGAUGGGGCAGAUGAGGCAUGCAAUGGAGGUGGUGAGGCGGCGGGUGGAGAGUGGCGAGUGCAUGGGGCCGGAGGACUAUGCGCGCAUCAUGGACGAGCUGGGCUUGGACCUGGGCCACCUGCUGGGCCGUGCCAGUGAUGGUGGAGCUGCUCUGGCGAACGACGGUGUGGCGUCAGUGUUCUCACAGCCACAGCACUGCAAGCUCGGCGCCAUGUUCUUUGGGGGGUCUAAGCGCGCCAGCAGCACUGUGCAGGAUGCAGCCAUUGAGGCGGCCAGGGAGAAACUGAGGAAGCGAGGGCUUGCGACAGGGGUGAAGGAGGGAGGGGCAGCAGGAGGAGGAGUGGACGCAGCAGCAUCGGGGCCACCAACUCUCAGUGCUCGAGCCAGCACUUCUCCUGGCAGCAGCGCUUCCAUCGGCAGCAGUGCGGUGCGUCACGCUGGCAGCGGGGCGUUGGAUUGGGGCCGUGAGCCCGUCAACACAGACCCCGCUGUUGGCCUCCUCACAUACCGGGUUGCCCGCAUCUUGCAGUGGCUUCGGAUCUACGGCUCAGACUUCAUCUCAGCCAAGAUGUGUUUCAAAGAGAACUCACAGGGCAAGGUCCUGCCCAUGCGCCACCCGAUUCGGGAUCUUCCAAGCCUGCUGGUCCGGUUCGGCGCUGUUCUCCCGCCUCUGGAUGGAAGCAGCCCCCUCGCAGAAUGGGAGGAGUGGCCUGAGGGGGACGAAGCUGCUGUGGUAUUUCCCGACGACUCCAAUGCCAGAUGUUUUGGGCUGGGCAAGGUGGAUGACAGGCAGGGUGGCAGGAACGGUGGGUGUGAGACAACUCAGCAUGGAAGCGUGCAAGAAUCGCCCACGAAACAAGUGUCGUCACCGCGGAGCAGGGAGUGCCGUUCAAUCGUGCAGUGCAGGGCGGAUGCGGACUUGCUGGUGGAGUUCGCCGGUUUGUUCCUGGAGGCACCCGCAUGCGCGCACUGUAGCCGCUGCAUCUGCACCUACAUCUCAUACGUCCCCUUUGUCACCUUCAUACUCCUCGACUCCUUUCUCUCCAUCUUCCCGCCCCACUCGGAGCAGUUUAAAAACCUUCUCGCCCGCCUCUGGCCUGGAAGAUCUGCCAGUCGGCCCUUCUGGCAAGCGGAGAAGCAGCAGCAGCAGCAGUGUUGCGGCGCUACGGGAACGGGCAGAGCAGGUGCCAGUCGCCCUGCUGCUCAGCCUGGCGCUGCUGUGUGCCACGCCUCUCCUGCAGCAGAGCAGCACAGAACGCGGGUGGAAUCCGAGGGGUGGAGGGGGGAGUUGUGGGGCCAAAGAGAAAGCAGGGGGGAGGAAGGCAGGCAGUGGAGCCUGUGGGAAGGGCAAGGAGGGCGGGGAGGGUGA